UCGAUUCCAGUCCGCCCUUCCUUCCCCUUUGGCAGAUUUAGCAUCUUGGAAGUCUAUAGUCGUGUCCUCGUCGGCAACCAUGCAAAACAGCAACCACAAGCCACAGGACGCUCGGCAGAGCAAAGUAUGGUUGGUCACGGGAUGCUCGAGCGGGUUUGGUCGCAGUCUUGUGCCGGCCAUACUUGCGCGCGGCGACAGAGUGGUCGCCACAGCCCGUCGAGUCUCCGAUUUAGACUAUUUGCAACAUUUUGAAAACGUCAAGCUCCUCCAACUGGAUGUCACCUCGCCGGACCAUGUCCUCAGCGAGAAGGUAGAAGCGGCCAUCUCUGCAUUUGGCGGUAUUGACGUCCUUGUGAACAACGCGGGAUACGUUUUGUCGGGUGUGUGGGAAGAAUUGAGACCAGAAGAUACGAAGUGGCAGUUUGAGACCAACUUCUUCGGUGCCCUGAAUUUGACUCGGGUUGUGCUCCCCCAUAUGCGUUCCAAGGGAGCGGGUGUCAUCCUUUUCAUGGGGAGCAUAUCUGGAUGGCACGGGGUGGCCGCAGGUGGAGCAUAUAGCGCCUCGAAAUUCGCACUUGAAGGUGCUGUAGAGUGUCUGGCCAAGGAGGUGAAGGCUAUCGGCAUCCGGGUUCACAUUUUGGUCAUAGGCCAGUUCCGCACCAAUAUCCUCGAUGCCAAGAACAAGAAAGGGAAACUGGACGCCGACGAGGGCAUAGUAGAGUACGCCGCCAUCAAGAAACAGAUGGCUGACAUCCAUGCCGUCACCCAAGGUGCGCAGCCGGGAGACCCCUCGCUAGCCGUCGAAAGAAUCGUGGAUCUUGGAGUACUGGAGAACAUCGCACACGAGCACGUUGAUAAUUUGCCUCUGCGGAUACCCAUUGGGUCUGAUGCUGUGAGCGUUAUGAGAAACAAAUGCCAGGAUACCCUAACCCUCCUUGACAAAUGGGCCGAUUUUGCUUCCAGCACUGACUAUCCGGAUAAGAUAGCAGUGCCUGGGUACUAUAGAUAGGAGUAUAAUAUUAGAGGCAGCGUCUUCCCACGAGUCUGGAAAUCAUGCGAGUGAAAUCUUCGGCUACAUUGGCUACCGGCGCGGUCAUUCCAAAGCCUUUCUUCAUGGUGCACGUAAGUUACAAGACCACAAUGUAAGAAUGCAUCCUCGUUGAAACAAUCUACAAG